AAAUAAAAUUUCUUGUAGUGGCCUUUUAUUUUGAAAUUGUGUGUGUGUGUUCAGAGGGACGUUCGUGGUGUACAAAGACGGAGACGUGACCCACCCCAUGGUCCGACAGCGGAUCUGGCUCAACAGCGACUUCAACUUUGAUAACGUCUUGAUGGGGAUGAUGGCGCUCUUCACCGUGUCCACCUUUGAGGGAUGGCCUGCGCUGCUGUACAAAGCCAUAGACGCCAACGGCGAGAACUCUGGUCCCAUCUACAACUACAGAGUGGAGAUCUCCAUCUUCUUCAUUGUAUACAUCAUCAUCAUCGCUUUCUUCAUGAUGAACAUUUUCGUGGGUUUUGUCAUCAUCACCUUCAGGGAGCAAGGAGAGCAGGAGUACAAGAACUGCGAACUGGACAAGAACCAGGUAACCUGA